CGCUACUUCUCGGUUUUCUGUUUCUUUUCGUUCUCUGGUUUAUAUUUUGACACGCUGUCCACGUCUGUUCUCUACUUGAAAAAUGGCCAAAGACAAGUCUGAAAAGAAGAAGGUUGAGGCCGAGGAUGUCGAGAUGGCCGACGCUCAGAGCCCAACAAAAUCGUCCAAAAAGGAGAAGGAAGAGGUCGUGAUCAACGUCGAGGACCUCUCGCCAAUAGCGCACCCAUUAGCGCAGAAAAAGCUCUUGAAGAAGCUACACAAAACGAUCAAGAAAGCGUCGAAAGCGCGUCAGGUCAAGCGCGGGGUGAAGGAGGUGGCGAAGGGGAUCCGUAAGGGCGAGAGAGGGCUGCUCAUACUCGCAGCAGACAUCACACCGAUCGACAUCAUUUCGCACCUGCCGGUGAUGAGCGAAGAAGCACAAAUACCAUACGUCUUCGUGAGCUCGAAGGAGGAGCUGGGCCACGCGAGCUCGACGAAGCGACCGACGAGCUGCGUGAUGGUGUGUCCGGACUCGAAGAGGGCGGGGAAGCGGAAGGAGGGCGAGAAGAGCGAGAAGGACGAUGAUUACCGGGAGCUGUACGAGGAGUGCUGUAAGGAGGUGGCGAAGCUGGACCAGGCGAUCGUGUUCUGACCGUAUCACUGUUUUUGUUUUUGCACAUUCCUGGGUACUCUUUGUUUGA